CCGUUAUCACCACUCAGACAAGUUUUCGGCCACUGAGCCACAUCUUGGUUUCGUUUCCAAGCUGCAAGAAUUAUCCACCUCCCUCAUGGCGGCACCUCACGUCUUGGUCUUGCCCUUUCCUGCCCAGGGCCAUAUCAUCCCUUUGAUGGAGCUCUCCCACUGCCUCGUUGAGCACGGCGUCAAGGUCACCUUCGUUAACACCGAGUUCAACCACGGCCUCAUUCUUGGUGCCUUGGCCACCAGAGAAAGCAACCUUGGUGGGAUCGGCUUGGUGUCCAUACCGGACGGCCUUGGCGAUGGCGAAGACCGCAAGAACCUUAGUCGGCUCACCAACUCGUUCUCCAAGGUCAUGCCCGGCGAGCUGGAGAAGCUUAUCGGGAGGAUCAAUGAUGAUGCGCGGGGGCGCGAGAGGAUAAGCUGGUUGAUCGCCGAUGUGAACAUGGCGUGGGCCUUUCCCGUGGCGAAGAAGUUCGGAGUCCGCGCCGCCGGCUUCUGCCCGUCGUCAGCGGCGUCGUUCGCGACAAGGCUCAGGAUUCCUGAGCUGAUAAGGGAUGGUGUCCUUGACGAGGAAGGUUGGCCCAGGUGGCGCGGCACGUUCCAGUUGGCUCCGGCGAUGCCGCCCAUGGAUACGUCGGAGUUCUCGUGGAACCGCGCCGGCAACCCCAAGGGGCAGCCGGUCAUCUUCCAGCUGAUCCUCCGGAACAACGCGGACACGCACCUCGCCGAGACCAUUGUCUGCAACUCGUUCCAGGAGCUCGAACCGGGGGCCUUCAGUCUCUUCCCCGGCGUCCUCCCAGUAGGCCCGCUCUUCGCCGACAGCGGCACGCCGGUCGGUAGCUUCUGGCCCGAGGACGCUUCCUGCGCGGCGUGGCUCGACGAGCAGCCGGCCAACUCCGUCGUGUACGUCGCGUUCGGCAGCUUCGCCGCCUACGACACCGCGCAGCUCAUCGAGCUGGCCGAGGGGCUCGCGCUGACCUCCCGGCCAUUCCUGUGGGUAGUCAGGCCGGACUCCGCGGGCGACGAGCGGUACCUCGAGCAGCUCCGCCGACGGGCCGCGCCGCGCGGGCGCAUCGUGAGCUGGUGCCCGCAGCAGCACGUGCUGGCGCACCCCUCGGUCGCCUGCUUCGUGACGCACUGCGGCUGGAACUCCACCAUGGAAGCGGUGCGGAACGGCGUGCCGCUCCUGUGCUGGCCCUACUUCACCGACCAGUUCCUGAACCAGAGCUACAUCUGCGACGUGUGGAGGACCGGGAUGAAGGUGCCGUUGCCGCCAGCGGCCGACGGGACGAAGCUUGUGGGGAGGGACGUGGUUCGUGGCAAGGUGGAGGAACUGCUCGGCGACGUGGAGACGAAGGCGCGGGCGCUCGCGCUGCGGGACCUCGCCCGGCGGGCCGUCGGCGACGGCGGGUCGUCGCGCCGGAAUCUCAGGCGAUUCGUGGACCUUGUCAAAGGAUCGGCGAGCUGAGCUGAGCCUUUCGUGGUGAUUGUGAACGGACGGCCUCAACGAUUCGCCGGACAGCAGGAUAGCGAAACACUGUACAUUGAUUCUGCAUAGCGAAAUUUCACUGUUUCGCAUGUGCUGUAAAAUCCGUGCCAUUUACUCUGGUCCGUUAAAUUCCAGAAAGAGUUACAA